AUGGGUAAAAAAAAGGCGAAAAAAAAUCAGAGGAAUAAAACCAAAAAAAUUGUUGCAAAAGUCACUCGGCAGCCAACAAACUCAGUGCAGUUGGAUGUGUCAAAAGAAACGUCAACGCCAAAUGAAUCACCGAUUAGUCAGUUAUCAUUGGUCGAUAGAAUUGAUAACGAAUGUGAUGUGAGUCGAUGUCCUCACGUCAGCAUAUGUUCAACGAUACCACAUCUGCGCUUCUACAAUGCUGAACAGGUGAAACAAUGUGAUGAAUGUUCGAAAAGAGAUGAUUCAUAUGCCUACAAUUUUAAAGCAGAUGCAUACGAAUCGAGUAUACUAUUUACUGAUUUUGAUUUGCAGCAAAACGAAACGCAUUGUCUGCAAAUGAAUCUGUUUUCGAGGCGUAUCUGGUGCACUGCUUGCAGUUGUGAAGUGCAUCAAUCCAAUAUACCGCCUUUCAAUCGUAAUGUGGAAAAAGUAUUAUUCAAUAAAGAGAUUAGGAAACAUCUCAUUACCGAUGAAACGUCCAGCGAUUUGAGGGUUAACCUGCAGACCCGUUCGAAUAAUAGCAAAGAUUGUGUUGAUAAUUCAAUAUCCCAAUGUAACGGAAUCAAGCAUGAAACUGCGCUGAAUGUUAGCAAUAGAACAACGUAUCGAUUCAAGUUGCGAUCAAUACAAGGACGUUUGUAUAAUGAGCAUGGUGAAACAAGACAGGCUGUUGUGAGGGAUGUCGAUCAUGACGAUGUCACUUAUCCGCGUGGCUUAACAGGAUUAUGCAAUUUGGGCAAUACGUGUUAUUUGAAUGCAGCGAUACAAGCUUUAUCGAACUGUGUACCCUUCUCGGAAUUUUUUGUUUAUUCCGACAGCAUGGCAUUGUACGCGUCUCAGUUGCCGCACUCGAAAAAUCAGUUGAUGGAACCGGCUUUAUCGCAUAUCGGAACUAAUAUCAUAUUCACUGAGCACUUCUAUGAUUUGAGAGCGAAGAUUAUCAUUGUACAUCUUCAGCAAAUAUGCGCUCAUUGUGCGCAGUUCCGCGGUUGGGCACAGCAAGACUCACAAGAGUUCAUAAGGUGUUUUCUGAACUUGCUGCACAAUGAACUGCGGCAGCCGGUUUAUCGGGUAUGUAGUCGUUUUGUUGUUUGUUCGCAAUUAAUUCAUCAUAUCUCAUUGCACAUCACCAACUUAACGUUUCAGUGGGAUGUUCGAGCGUUGUCGUCGUCGUCGUCUCCGAGUCAGUCAGUCGAUAAGAAAGGAUCGGAUCCGCAUUUAAGUGCGUAUUCAUGCAGUUCUUUGAGACCAUCUCCCUCCUCAGAUAACGCCUCAUCUUCCGAUGUCGAUCAAUUAUCACGUCAUAACAGUUUCUCAUCCGGUAGUUCGAGUGGUGUUGAGCACUACGAAACUGCUGAUUCGGGUUGGAGUUCUGAUGGGGAGACAAUGAACGGUGAAAAUGUGAUCGAUUCGCAGAGAUGUAAAAAGAUACGCAACAAAUCGUCGAAAUCUCAGGAGAUUUCUUCAUCAAAUGAUGGAACCAAAUCGUUGAUUAACGCCCAAUCAUCACCAGCAUUUGCUGCGUCAUAUUCAUCGCCAAAUGAUCACAACGAUGCGAUCGAAGCAAAUGAAGACAAAGUUUUGUAUCAUCGAAGUAUCGUUGGUGAAGUGUUUGACGGUGAGUUGCGGAGUGCAGUUAAGUGUCUAACAUGUCAUCACGUUUCCGAAACACACGAAACAUUUCAGGACUUAUCAUUGAGUAUUCCAACUAAGGAACAACUCGAUCAGUUGGCUGCAUCAAAAGAAAGUUUCUUCCUAGGUGAUGAUAAAGAUGUCAGCGAUCAGCAGUUUGAUGGUGAAAGUAAUUGGAAUAAUUUGUGGGAGUGGUUCGGUCUUGGAUGGCUGUACUCUGCUUAUUUAUCAGCUUAUUCGUAUAUAUUCGGCGGAUCAGUUUCAUUGAUGGAUUGCUUAGCGACAUUCUUCUCACCAGAUGAUUUACGUGGUGAUAACAUGUAUUCAUGUGAGAAGUGCUCAAAGUUAAGAAAUGGUGUUAAGAUAUGCAAGAUAACGCGUUUACCAGAGAUAUUGUGUAUUCAUUUGAAACGAUUCAGACAUGAUACUUAUAAUUCCACCAAGGUGAAUACAAAUGUGACGUUCCCGUUAUGUGAUUUGGACUUAUCGCUAUUUGUUGCCGACCCAGGAAAGUAUAGCAAUUCAGAAUCGAUGAAUAGUACCAAAUACGAUUUAUGCGCAUUUAUCACGCAUCAUGGAAGUACAGCUGAAAGUGGUCACUAUUUGGCGUAUUGUCGAAAUAAUAUCGAUAGUAAUUGGUACGAAUACGACGACAGUGUGGUGACGAAGAUUGAUGCAGCCGACGUGAUGACAAAACAAGCAUAUGUUCUCUUCUACCAGAAACGACGUACUCAUAAAAUGUCGCAAAUAUCGAACGUCAUUAGUUUACUGCUGGAAAAAGAAGAGUACGACCGUAUGAAGGUUUGUCAUAUUGUAAAAUAUCCUCCAGAAAUGAGAUCACCAACGCAUUAUUACGUAUCGCGAGAAUGGUUGCAUCGACUGUCAACGUUCUCAUACCCUGGUCCAAUCACGAAUCAUGACUUCUUAUGCAAACAUGCGCAGAUAUUACCGAGUCGUGCGGCUGACUUGGCCGAAUAUUACGUCACUGUCGACGAAUCAUUAUGGAAUUUACUUAUUAAUGAGUUUGGAGGUGGACCGGAGUGUACGGAGCUGCAUUAUUGUCCGACGUGUCAAAUGGAUUUUCACCGAUUAGCAAUGAAACGUGAACUAGAAAUGAAAGCAGUGAAAGAGUUGAGAAGAACCCUUAAAAAGGUGUUUUAUAUGAGUGGUUAUCAUCCAACCGAUGAAGAAAUAUUGGAAAGAACCAAACUUGUGGACAAGGAUAUCAGACAAAUGUUAGAAUCUUUGAAGGUCUCUGAAAGUAAAGCGCGCUUAGCAUCGCCACUUAUUACGGAUGUGAGCAGUUCAGAUGAUGCCGCAGACACCGUUCACAAUAUUCCAUCAGAGGAUCAUUUUUAUGAAAUUUCAUAA